UGCAGCACUCAAUCCGUGAACCUAAAAGAGAUUCCACCAAAAUCUUGGUUCAUUCAAACCUUGAUACACACACACACACACACACACUAUAUUCGUUCUCAAGAAACAUGCAAGUCAGAAUAUCGUCCAGAUUUCAAACCAUAUUCAUAGAGAUCAAGGGUCAAAAUUGCGUAGCGUGAAUAUAGGCAACUCCUCAUCGUAAUUUGGACAGUAUUAACAGCCAUUAAUGGAUUCCGUAAAUGGAGGUGGUCCAGUAUAAAUGACCCAAGAACUCCGCCAUUUCCUUCGAGGGAUAUAUAUCAUUUGGUGCUUAAUUUGGUCGCCGGAGUGUGUAUAUACAUAUAAAAUCAUAGAGCCAUAGAUGGCCGGCGGCAAUGAUGAACCAGACCACAAAGGCGACGGCGAGUCGCCGGCGAAGCCUCACACGAAUCUUGUCAUCUCCGAGGUGGAGGAGAACGAAAACAGCCCGAUAGAGCAGGUCCGGCUGACGGUGCCGGCGACUGAUGAUCCCUCGCUGCCGGUGCUGACAUUCAGGACAUGGUGCCUUGGCCUAAUUUUCUGCGUGGUGUUGGCGUUCUUGAACCAGUUCUUCAGUUACCGCCAGAACGCCCUCUUCAUUUACCCUGUGACUGCACAAAUUAUUACUCUCCCAUUAGGAAAGUUCAUGGCAAGAGUCCUGCCGACUAGAAAGUUCACCGUGCCGUUGGUGAAAUGGUCGUUUUCAUUGAAUCCAGGGCCUUUUAAUCUGAAGGAACAUGUCCUGAUCAGCAUAUUUGCAAACUGUGGUUCUGCCGGUGUAUACGCUGUUUCUAUCAUAACCAUUGUCAAGGCAUUUUACCGCCGGCAGCUCCACCCGCUUGCUGCUUUUAUGCUGGCUCAAACUACACAGAUGCUUGGAUAUGGAUGGGCUGGUAUAUUUAGGAGAAUCUUGGUAGACUCACCCUACAUGUGGUGGCCUGAAAACAUGGUUGCAGUGUCUCUAUUCAGAGCACUACACGAGGAAGAUGUAAGGCCUAAGGGAGGGCUGUCACGUCUGCAAUUCUUUCUAGUUGUGUUUGUUUCAAGCUUUGCAUACUACCUAGUUCCAGCCUACCUAUUCCCAUCAAUAUCUUCCAUUUCUGUGCUGUGUUUGAUCUGGAAGAACUCCGUAUUCCCACAGCAACUGGGAUCAGGUCUGCGUGGGAUGGGGAUUGGGUCAUUUGCCUUGGACUGGUCAGCAAUUGUGAGCUUCGUAGGCAACCCCAUAUCUUCUCCUGGAUUUGCCAUCAUUAACACCCUUGUUGGUUUUUUCCUAGUCAUGUAUGUGAUGUUGCCAUUGACUUACUUCAACAAUGUUUUCGAUGCCAAGAAGUUCCCAAUCUUCUCAUCCCACACGUUUGAUCACUAUGGCAAUCCUUAUAACAUCUCACGUGUUCUCAACCCCGAGACAUUCAACCUUGACAUGGCUGGCUAUGAAGGAUACAGCAAACUGUACCUUAGUGUUUUCUUUGCAUUCACCUAUGGCCUUGGAUUUGCUUCCCUCUCUGCUACCAUUACACAUGUUGCACUUCACCAUGGGAAAACAAUUUGGUCAUUGUGGAGCAAAGCAAAGAGCAGCCUGAACCGGAAAAUGGAUGUGCACACAAGAAUUAUGAAGAAGAACUAUGAGCAAGUGCCAGAGUGGUGGUUUGUCAUUAUUCUUGUUGUAGUUUUCUGCCUUUCACUGGUAGCUUGUGAAGGAUUUGACAAACAGCUCCAACUCCCGUGGUGGGGGCUUAUAAUGGCCUGCAUAAUGGCUCUCUUCUUCACUCUACCCAUUGGCAUAAUACAAGCCACCACAAACAUGCAAAUAGGACUAAACAUUAUCACUGAGAUGAUCAUCGGUUACAUUUACCCCGGACGGCCUCUUGCUAAUGUUGCUUUUAAGACCUAUGGCUACAUAAGCAUGGCACAAGCACUCGGUUUCCUUAGUGAUUUCAAAUUAGGCACUUACAUGAAGAUCCCUCCCAAAUCCAUGUUCAUUGCACAGUUAGUGGGAACGAUAGUUGCAUCCUCUGUCUAUUUUGGCACGGCUUGGUGGUUGCUCACAAGUAUCAAGCACAUUUGCGACCCACAUAACCUACCAGAGGGGAGCCCCUGGACUUGCCCAGGUGAUGAUGUGUUCUACAAUGCUUCAAUCAUAUGGGGGGUCAUUGGGCCGCUCCGGAUGUUCACUAACCUUGGUGUUUAUGGAAGCAUGAACUGGUGGUUCUUGGUUGGGGCUGUUUUGCCCGUACCUGUUUACCUGCUGGCUCGUAAAUAUCCAGAGAAGAAAUGGAUCCAGUUGAUCAAUGUGCCCCUCAUCUUAGGAUCCACAAUGUCCAUGCCACCAGCCAGGGCAGUGAACUUCAUAAUGUGGGGUGCUGCAGGCAUCUUCUUCAACAUAUAUAUCUAUAGGGUCCACAAGAAAUGGUGGGCUAGACAUGCUUACAUCUUGGCUGCAGCGCUUAAUGCUGGAAUUGCGUUCAUGGGAGUUUUGCUCUAUUUCACACUGCAAAUGUACGAUGUGGCUGGUCCGAGUUGGUGGGGUUUGGAUGCUGAUGAUCACUGCCCUCUGGCACAGUGCCCCACAGUGCCCGGUGUGAAUGUUGAAGGGUGCCCUGUUCUCUGAGAUGUAGCGAUGCUCACAAGGAUCACAUGAUUGGUCUUGGCAGUUUUUAUUCAUGUAAAUAGCUUGGGUUUAGUAGUUUCUAGGGUUAUGACUAAUAAUGCCUUGUCUUUAGGGCUAUACACAGUUGAUUAUGUCCGGGACCAUGACAGGAAUUUAAUUUUUUACAGCAUUUGAUCGUUUAAGAAGGGUUAGUAAAUCGUAUUAGUUUAUUGCUUUAUUUGUAUAAUGUGAAAAAUUGUUGACUAAUGUUUCUGUAAAUGUAAUAGGUAUUUCUCGCUCUCUGCUGUACAGUAUAGGCUCUAUAUUGAGGAGUUGAGUUCCAACCCGAGUUCUGACAAGUACAUUGAGUAAAUAUCAUAAUAAGCCACGUAAUCU